GAGGUAAUGGGAGGAGGCGGGCACUUAGUGAAUGAAAUUCGGGGCAGCAUAUUCCCCGAAAAGGCAGUUUCCUCGCGGGGUUUGUGGUUGAUUACUUCGGGAAGUGAGCACCAUCUGCCGGACUGUCCAACAGCCGCACCUGGGUUGCGGAGGCGGACUGCAGCCUGAAGCGCCGUCCGUUGCCUUGGUUGCCGAGGCUCGGGUGUUCCCGCUGACAAUGGUUGUCAUGGUUCCUCUGACUCGGGUGACUCCGGGGGCUCCGAGAUUCAGUUGUUGCCAUUGUUCCUGGUGUUCGGCUGUUUCCGGCACAAUGAGUGGCAAUGGUUACCAUGGUUCCGAGCCUCGGAUGUUUCCGGAGACAAUAGUUGUUAGUGCUGUCUGGAUGUUUCUCUAGAAAACGACUGGUAACGGUAAUCGUGGUUGAAAUGGUUCGGGUGUAUCCCAAGAUUGACUGAGAGAUAGCCGUCGUUCGGGUAUUUCCGGAAACAUUGAUUAACAGUAUUUGCUCUUCGGCUGUUUCCGAGUGGGUUGCCGUGGUUCGGGUAUUUCCGGAUACAUUGAGUGGCGGCCGUUGCCAUGGUUUCCAUGCUUCGGGUGUUUCCGGAGAUUGCGAUGGAUUUCGGGGCUCGCAUCCAGCAAAGUGGAGGAUGAGCGCAGCAGCGGGCGGGCGGACGCCUCUAGCGGAAAAGGCCUUGUCGGAGCCUUACGGCCGGCUCCGUUACCACGACACAUCGCUGCUGAUCUGGACACAACAGCAGCAGGAGCUGGAGAAGCGGGCGAUGGGAUCGGGCCCGGGGCCUGGGCCAGACAGUUUCUUGGGACGGAGCCAGAGCAUGUGGUACCGACAGUAUGGGAACCAGCCUAUCCUGAUCCGGGACAAAAACAAAGUGGUCCCAGGCCCAGCCCGCUCUCAGUUCUGCCUGAUAAUGUAAAUGGAAUUUGGGUUCACCCAAAUGUUAUGGUCCGAGGGGUCUUCAGCCGGAGCUCACCGACGGCCAGAAAGAACUGUACCCAAUGCACCCACAUACAGGGCGACACACACAGCCAGCGGAGAACCCACACCCCCGUCAACUGAAUCCGCAAUUAAACAUGGAAUCACAAUCAACAGGAAUACCGUUUGCCACUGUGUCAUCGACUGCAUAGUAAUCACAUUCUAGAUCAACCCCAACACCAGAGUAAGCUGUUUGCGAAUCAUCAAUCAACACUCACCGGUCG